GUGCACGGACCACGCAGCAGUCGAGCGGGGGGGACUGCGGGGGGACGCAUACGCAAAAGCCGGCCAGGUGCACUACUGGGUGCCCGGAAUAACUGGGAGAGCUUUGUGCGCGCGCGCAUGUGCGGGCCACGCAAAAGCCGGCCAGCUGCACUGCGAAGUGGGGGUAUGGGCUAGUGGGGAACACUUUGCUACGCAUGCGUACUAGGCCCUGCCGCUCGCGGGGAGGUUCCGAGGAAGCCGGAAGGGGCGGGGCUCGGUUCCGCGUGGCGCGGGUGUUGCUGCUGCCUCAUGGAGGUGGUCACGCAGCUCGAAACGCUGACGUUUGCCCACGCGCCGCUGCCGCCGGGCCCGGAGCCCGACCCUGAGACCACCGCGCAGCCGGGCCAAGCCUCGUCGUGCGCAGGUGCCGAGGCCCCGGCGGGGGACAGCGGCCCGUCCUGCUUCACCUCUGACUCCUCUUUGGACUCGGACUCCUCGGACUCGGACAGUGACACAGAUUCAGAAAGUUCGUCUUCUGUGUUGUCCUCUCCUUCAUGCUCUCUAAUCAUAUCUGAUGAUGACAGUCAGAACAAUGGAAAGGAUAACAAGCCAUGCAGCGUUGAAAUAAAAGAUGAAUUACCUCUUGAAGAACUGCCUCUUGGUGAAGAUUUGGUAAUAAUUCUGCCUGAGGAUAUUGAACUAAAGCCUUUUGGGACAGUUUCAAGCAUUAUUGAUCAGUUAGUAGUAAUUGAGUCACUGAAAGGCCUACCUCCGGUAAAUGAAGAAAGCAUUAUUUUUAAGGAAGAUAGGCAUGCAGCAGGAAAGAUAUUUGAGAUAUUUGGUCCUGUUUCACGACCCUUCUAUGUGUUAAGGUUUAACAGCCCUGAGCAUAUUAAGAAGAAGGGCAUUAAUCUGAAAGAUGCUGUGUAUUUUGCUCCAUCAGUGGAAGAUUUCACCCAGUAUAUAUUUGCGGAGAAACUACAACAGGAAAAAGGAUCGGAUGCUUCAUGGUUGCAUGACCAAGAGCCACCACCUGAGGCCUUAGAUUUCAGUGAUGAUGAAAAAGAGAGAAAUGCAAAACAGAAGAAAAAGAAACCUCAGAAUCAAGGAAGGAAGAAGUCCAGAUCUGAUACGAAUGAAUCAAGUGAGAAAAAUGGAGUCCAGUAUCCUCCUGUGGAGCAGUCUACCUCAAGUUAUUCAAGAUUAUAUUGUGGCAGAGAAUUCUCACGAGGGAGAGGUCCUCGUUUGUUUCAUCCUCCACACUUCUUGAGACCACAACUGAGACCUCCACAAGUGAAACCCCCACAGCUGUAUUCUCCAGAUCACAGGAUACAUCAAAAAUCUGCCGUGUGUCCCCAGGCAACUGCACAAGACAUGAUUCAGCACUAUCCCUUUCUUCUUCCGCCUCCUCCUCCUCUUAGUACUCCUACCCCUACUCCUACCCCUCCUCCUCCACCAGUGUUUGGACCUGUUCACAAUGGAAUUUGUCCCUUUCCACCUCCACCCCCACCUGGGACUACUGAUAUGGUCUGGACGGGAAUGCCAAUGAAUUUUAAUGUGUAUGGUCUUCCUUACCCAUUUCUGCUGCCGCCACCACCACCGCCACCCCCACCACCACCACCACCACCACCCUCUGCCCCUCCAAAUUCUUAACCUUCUACGUUUGUCAUUCUGACUGUUUUGCAUCUAAAUAUACAAAAGCUGUAGGUAAUUGAGGGGGAGAGGGGAGGGGUGAGAUAUGGCCACCCAUUCCAAAAUGUUAUGCUUUAUUUGCUGUUUUUGAUUUACUUUCAAAAAUCUAAACUUCUGUACAAGAAUAGAACAGAUCUAAAGUUCUAAUUCUAAAAAGCAACAACCUUUUGUUGGGCUCUUGAGCAGUACAAACCUUGCGGUCUUCUAUUGUCAUACUCAAAAGAAAAAAGUGAAAUAUUGUGUAUGUAUUGAAUAAUUGUUUUUUUAAUAAAGCCAGGCAAUUUGAAGGAUUGAAAAUUAAUAAAUGUUAUUUUUGUAAACCA